AUGUCAAACGAGGCCCCCAAAGACGCCCAAGGCCUGCAGAACCUCGCACGCCUGAUGGCGAUGCUCGACACGGACGCGCGCGCGCCCAAAGCCCCGAGCGAGCACAAGUUCUGGAAGACGCAGCCGGUGGUCCAGCCGGGCGACCAUCCCUCGCUCGCCGAGGGGCCGAUCCACCCGGACCUGCCCCCGGAACAGGUGCGUGGGACGCCGUACCCCUUGCCGGCGGACUUUGUCUGGGACACUAUCGACAUGGACGACGACGCGCAGCUCCUCGAGGUGUACGAGCUGCUCACGGCUAACUACGUCGAGGACGACGAGUCGACGAUGCGCUUCAAAUACUCUGCCGAGUUCCUGCACUGGGCGCUGCGUCACCCCGGCUACAACAAGACAUGGCACGUCGGCGUGCGUGUCGCAUCCACCAAGAAGCUCGUCGCAUUCAUCGCGGGCAUCCCCCAGGAGCUGCGCGUGCGCGACACCGCGCGCCAGACCACCGAAAUCAACUUUUUGUGCGUGCACAAGAAGCUGCGCUCCAAGCGCCUUGCGCCGGUGCUCAUCAAGGAGGUGACGCGCCGCUGCAACCUCAGCGGCAUCUUCCAGGCGAUAUACACGGUGGGAUCGGUGCUGCCGACGCCGGUGUCGUGCACACGCUACUACCACCGCACGCUCGAUGCAUCCAAGCUGCUGGAUAUUGGCUUUAGCGCGGUGCCGGAAGGCAUGUCGCGCGACGCGCACGUCGCGCGCUACACGCUCCCCAAGACGACCGCGAUCGCGGGCCUGCGCGAGAUGGCCCCCGCGGACGUGCCACAGGUCGGCGCGCUCCUGCGCCGCUACCUGCGCCGCUUUGACAUGGCGCCGCGCUAUACCGACGCCGAAGUCGCGCACCUCUUCCUCAGCGGCCGCGGAAAGGAGCAGGCGGACGGAAAGCGCACCGGCCAGGUGACCUGGACAUACGUCGUGGAGAGCGAGGGGCGCAUUACCGACUUCUUUUCGUUCUACUCGCUCCCCUCGUCGAUCCUCGAGCAUCCCAAGCACGACACGCUCGAGGCGGCCUACCUGUUUUACUAUGCGAGCGAGUCGGCCUUUGCGACGCCCGCGCCGAAGCGCGCGCAGGACGACGCUACCGCGCCGUACGCGCGCGCCGAGGCCGACGGCACGCCGGCGUGGCAGCGCGCCGCGCUCUCGCGCCUCGGCGCGGCCGAGGCGAGCGACGAGGCGGACGUCGUGCCGUGGAACCAAGAGUCGCCCGAGCAAAAAGCCAAGCUCAAGGCGCGCCUGAACGAGCUCAUGACCGACAUGCUCGUCCUCGCCAAGCUGCACAACUUUGACGUGCUCAACUGCCUCACGGUCCUCGACAACCCCCUCUUUGCAUCGGACCUCAAGUUUGGGCCGGGCGAUGGAUUCCUGCGCUUCUACCUCUUUAACUGGCGCGUCCAGCCGGUGGCCGGCGGCAUGGGCCAGCGCGCCGGCGAGGCGGACCUCGAUCCCGCCGCGACCGAGCGCAAGGCCGAGCCCACACGCGAGGGCUCGGGGAAUGGUGUCGUGAUGGUCUAG